AUGAACAAAACCGCCAUAAGAAAACAAAACAAGUCAAAAGAAGGAAAGAAACUCCAGGAGUUUGAAGUCUUUUCUAAAUUCGGGGAUCUCACCACCAAAAACAAAUGUACACCCACCAGCCUCUUCGGCAGUUACGAAAAUGUUGCAUUGCCCCGGAGUAAGAUUCGUUCAGCCGUGGAAAAACCACUGAAAAUUCGCAGAAAGUCAGUACACACAGAGGCUCUGGAUGCUCGAUUAGUUCAGAGACAGAGAGAAAACUUAGAUUACACAGACGUUUUCGUUACCGAGACCGACCUUGAAAAAUCCACCAGAGAACGCUUAAUACGAAAGGUAAAACAACAGAACUGGGCUGACAGCGAAAGAUCAUCUCAUCAUGAGAACGCAUUAUCGACCCCGAGUAUGUUAGGAAGGAAAAUGGGUGUUGCAGCACCUCUCCAUGGCACACGCUUGAAAACUGGAAAUUUAAUCGCCUUUGCACCUAGAGUACAAUACUGCGAUCGAUUGGUACACGUGGGCAAGGAUAAGUAUUCGAAACAGUUCUGUGAUGUUCUUGGUCCCAACUUGUGCACUGACUGCACGAAGUCACAGAUGCAACAGUUUGUUAUCGACGAACAAAUCCGAAGAUUCCCGGACAUUUGUGUCUCGCCAUAUGUUUUGUGUGUCCCGCAAGAAAGCGAAAGGGACCUCAAAACCCCAUUCUCCGUCUACAAGGAAUGUGAUCCACUACAACGCAGAAGACCUUGGCCUGCCUCUUUAACCCACCACUUGCAAGGUCUUAAAACGCGUCCAAAUAGUUGCACUGAUGAAAAGUCAAGGUCGUAUGAUUCUAAGUACGCUACAGAUUACAUUCCAAGCGAGAGCCAGAACUGCAUUCCACAUAUACCCUUAGAAAUUGGACAUCGUCUGGAGUCUCCAUUUUCAUCGGUCGGCAGUUCUCGAAGAUCAAGUAUUACAAGGUUCUUAAUGGAAUCAAAAAAUUUUGAAGUGCGUACAAAGAGUGAAAAUUCAGCCGAAGAUGGAAAAAUGGACGUUUUUCAGAUCUCACUGCGAGGAAUAAUUCCACCUGCGUUUCGUAGUCCCAUGGCUGACUAUAAUGAUGGAGGCGAGGGCAGCCUCGAAGCUAACUGUUUCGGUAAAAGGGGCAGGAUAUCUCAUUCUUCCUCAAGGCUGAACAUAACAAGAUCAAGAAGUUCAAUGUGCAAGACCCCCUCCAUUGAAAGAACCGGAAAGCUCAGGGAGUUGCCUUACUGGAAGAUUUUGAUACCCGAGCCACCCAUGAUGGAAGUCGGGCGGAUGAAUGUCAGCAUUUAUACACCAAAACAAAUCCCAGGAAUCAAGAUUUUUGAUGAAAGUUUUUUUGAAAUUUGA